AUGACUGAUGCCAAAGACGGCGUUUCACUGUUCGAUCACGCGUCUGGCACUGCCGUUGCUCCUGCUGACGAUGCUCCUGCUCUCGACCGCUCACAACGAGUUCCACGCCAAGACCCCCCCCCCCCCCCCCCCUCGCUCUACUUCACUCUCUACUUCCUCGUCACCCGCCUCCCUGACACUCUUAGCUCGGUCAGGGACCAUUUCCUCGCCCUAGCCCCCACCACUCUCACUGUCGACGACUUCGAGAAGCACCUCCUAGCAGCCGAAAAGAACAUUCUCGCUGUAGGUGCUGCUCGUGGCACUCCCCGCACUCCCCUCUUUGAGGGAUGCUCCCCCUCCCCUCUUGCCCCCUCCUACGCCUCUGCUGCUGCUGCUGUCGACUUCCUUGGUGCUGAGAACGUCGCAGCUGCUUUCGCUCCUAGUGGGAAGCGCAACGGCUCCAAGGGAGGCAAUGGCGGCAAGGGUGGUGGACGUGGCGGUGGAGGGGGCGAUGGUGGAGGCGGCGGGGGAGGUGGAGGUGGUGGGGGUGGUCGUGGGGGUGGAGGUGGUGGUGGGGGCGGUGGUGGUGCCGGGACCAGUGGCGGUGGCAGCGGCAGUGGUGGCGGAUGGGGGAGUGGCGGUGGCGGCGGCGGUGGGGGCUGGGGGUAG